UGUUGCAACAGGUUAUUUUUUUAGGUAUGGUUCAGGUUAUAUCUUAUCUUAAUUAUUGCAACAGGUAUUCCAAUUUGGAUCAGUACCUUUGAAGACUUACUUACCUGAUGGUGAUAUUGAUCUUACUGUUUUUGGCAUCAAUCAAACUUUGCCUGAAAUUUUCAUUUCUAAGAUUCAACAAAAAUUACAAAAUGAAAUCAACAAUGAGUUUGCUGAAUUUAGGGUUAAAGAGGUUCAAUUUAUCCAAGCAGAGGUGAAGAUCAUAAAAUGCUUGAUUGAAAAUUUUGUAAUUGACAUAUCUUUCAAUCGAUUGAGUGGUUUAAGUUCACUUUGUUUUUUUGAGGAGGUUGAUAAUUUGAUAGGAAAGAAUCAUAUAUUCAAGCAAAGUAUUAUUUUGGUAAAAGCCUGGUGUUACUAUGAGAGCCGCAUCCUCGGUUCUAACAGUGGACUAUUUUCGACCUAUGCGCUGAAAGUUUUAGUCUUGUACAUCUUUAAUCUUUAUGGAAAUGGAUUUGCUGGACCACUUGAGGUACUUUUUCGAUUUUUGGAGUUCUAUAGUAAAUUUGACUGGAAAAACUAUUGCAUUAGCUUGAGUGGACCAGUGCCUCUAAGCUCACUUCCUGCUGAUAUGACAGCCGAGUCUCCAAGAAAAGAUUGCCAAAGUCAAGACUUACUGCUCACACAGUGGUUUCUUAAUGCUUGUAUGUUCUAUUAUGGCAAUAUGCCGCGCAACCAGGGAAAUCAAUUUAUUUCCAAACAUAUCAACAUUAUAGAUCCUUUGCGUGUAGACAACAACCUGGGGCGUAGCAUCAGUAAAGCUAGCUUCUAUAGGAUAAGGAGUGCAUUUAGGCUUGGUGCUGAGAGGAUGGUGAGAUUGCUGAACUGCACGGAUGAGUAUCUAAUCGCUGAAUUUGAUUUCUUUUUCAAAAACACAUGGGAUAGACAUGGUAAUGGUUAUUGGAUUCAUGUAAGCAUUUAUAAUCUUUAUAUAAGAAAAGUUGGAAAGUUACCAUGUCAAGAAUCUGAGGAUGAGCCUGAUUGCCAAGAGCCUGAUAAUCAAUUAAAAGAAUCAAACCAAAGCUCUGAUGCACGUGUUGUUUCUCAAACUCAAACCUCAAGUCCGGAAUCUGCUCCUAUAUAUAGUGAGGCUCAAGAUCAGCAUUGCAAUGUUUUUGUAUCAGAAACAGAAAGUGAACUGGUCCAUUUUUCUUCUUCAAUGUCUGAUAGUAAGAUGGGAUCCAGUUCAAGAUCUGAAGUUCUAGACAAUCUAAGUUUUGGGCCGACUUCUUGUGAUUUGAGAAGUGAAGAUGCAUUUAAAUCAACAAAUCCUUCAAAUAUGGGACUGCAUAAGGAAGAGCCUGAUUGCGCAACUAUUACAGAAAGUAGCAGGACUCUCCAUGCACUGAUGGAUCAUUCUGUUGAUAAGGAAGAACACGGUGGUGUUGGGAAUAUGACUGAAAGUAGCAGGAGUUAUCUGGAAGCAGUAAAAGGUGCAAAGUCAAACAGCAAUGAGGCAAUGGGGCAGCAAGAGGAAGAGCAUCAUUUUGUGAGUACUGCCGAAAAUUGCAAGAACCUCAAUUACUUGGAUGCACUAUUGGGAAUGAAAAAAAGCCAUGCAUCUUUUUCACCACCACCGUCGCAACAAAAAAAGUCAUACUCUCUAGAUAAAGUCCAAUUUCCGGAACUGAAACCACCGUCUCCAACUGUCAAAAGGUCAAUAAAUGUGGGAAAAGACAGUGUUGAUUCACCUUCUGUAGUAAUCAAACAUGGUAAUGUAAUGAACCCAGCAGAAAGCUGUAAAUACAAACCAGUUUCGGACUCAACCUCAGAGACCAACCUUUCGUCCUUGCCUUCGGAGACUACUCAACCUGAAAAUGCCCAUGAUCAGUCAACUGUGAGCACGGACAUUGUCGGGGAUGAGAGCACCACUUCUGAAUCUGUUGCUUUAAAUGCUCAUGCACCGUUUCAGGUGCAACAAGCUCAAUUUCCGGAACUGAAACCACUGUUUCCAACCGUCAAAAGGUCAAUAAAUGAGGGAAAAGACAGUGUUGAUCCACCUGCUGUAAUGAACCCAGCAGAAAGCUGUAUAUACACACCAGCUUCGGACUCAACCUCAGAGAUCAACCUUUCAUCCUUGCCUCCGGAGACUACUCAACCUGAAAAUGUCCAUGGUCAGUCAACUGUGAGCACGGACAAUGUCAGGCAUGAGAGCACCACUUCUGAAUCUGUUGCUUUAAAUGUUCAUGCACUUCAAUCACCAUGUGCAUCCGGUUCCUCUGUGUUACAAUUUCCAUUCAAAUUCGACGAUAUCAGUCAUGAUGAAGCUUCAAAUUAUUUAUUGAACCAAUGUUUUGAUAUUCUGUAUGGUGAUUUUGAAAGCUAUUGGGUGAACCUUAAAUAUGGACAUCAUUGUGUGAAUGGACACUCAGAGGAGCCUGUGUAUUUUCCCCCCACUGUUGAACUGCCAAUGGAUUUUCAAGCACCAUAUUAUUGGAACACGAGACCUUCAAGUUCUGUCAACCGUGUGCCUGUCGUAGUUCCUGGCAUGCCACCAACAUUUGCUCCUGACUCGCAUAUUGAGGGCAUAAACCAAGGUGUUUCUUUUUGGCUUCCUGGAUCUAGUGGCACUGGAACUUUCAUGCCAAACCCACUUACUUACCAUCAGAGACAUUACGUCGAAGAAUUUGACAAUGAACAUCAAAAUGCAAAUAACAUAUCUGAGAGACAAGAGGAUUCGAAUUUCAAUUCGAGGAGAAGGUCUUCCAGGCGUGGCCAGAAUGAUUACAGGCGAAAUGAGAUAUCUGAAGGCAAGGACGAAGCGCCGCUACAAGGUGAAGACGAAGGGUCAAGUAGUGCUGUUAAGAAAGAAGCACCAGAUGAAGGUGAUAGCGAAGGGUCAAGUACUGCCGUUAAUGAACUUGAUAAUUUGGAUAAGGAUUCCAAAGAUGAUUCUCCACAUCGGCCCUGAUCGUAAUCCAAUUUUAUCCGGUGUUUGAUCCGUUUUUUGCAUCGCGUGAAGAGGGACUCGUGUUUUAUCUUCAAUUCACCUCCCCGAGGUUCUCUAGGUGGUUUUUGGGAACAAUUUGUAAUACCUUUGCAGACUCUUAUUUAUCAGUUUUAUUAUCAAAUACUCUAAUGUCAUGAAUGUUAUCAUCAUGUAAAACUUCUGCUUCCAUAGCCUUUAAACUUUGCUUCAUUGAUAUUAAAAUACUGCUUCAUAUGAGAAGUUAUUCUAUAUUAUAACCUUUUUUUACAA